UCUCUUGAAUUUUCUUUGUAUUUUGGUAGCAAGUAGCUGAACAACAAGUACGCAACCAAGAAGUUGGCAUGAUGACAGAAUUAGUCAGAGAUUUUUUAGAUCCUGCUGAUUUUUACAAAGCAUUGCAUAAUAUAGGUAUAGAAUACUUCUGUGGUGUUCCUGAUUCUUUGUUAAAAGACUUUUGUGCAUAUAUUGCUGAAACAUCACCAAAGGAUAGACAUAUCAUUACAGCCAAUGAGGGCAGUGCAGUAGCUUUAGCAGCAGGCUACCAUCUUGCAACUGGAAAAUCAAGUUUGGUUUACCUCCAGAAUUCUGGUCUUGGAAAUAUAGUAAACCCUUUGAUGUCACUAGCUUCAAUUAGUGUCUACAGUAUUCCAAUGUUACUUCUAGUUGGAUGGCGAGGUGAACCUGGCAAACGAGAUGAACCACAGCAUCUAGUUCAAGGACAUGCUACACCAGGCCUUUUAGGUUUGCUAUACUUAAAUGUUUUUUUACUCUAAUAUCAUUAAAAAAUAUUGUGAUUUUAAUUGUUAUCAGCCUCCAGCAAUACCCACUCUUACACAGAUGACAUUACCUGUCAUUUUCCCUAACUUUCUACACCUAAAUGUAAUCUACAUAUAUCAUUGCACUAAAUCUACUCUGACUCAAAAGCAUAUUCCAAUGAAAUCAUACCAAUCUUGUCUCACAACCACUCCACUUAUGACAACAUUAUUUCUCCUACCCUUGAACUUGAACAAUAUGCAAUCAGAAUCAUCUAGGCUGCUACAAAUUCUUAACUCCACCACCAGAGAGGAUCACACUUGAAAAAUGUGUCCUCAGAUUUAACAAAACUGCAACACAAAGUCUGGCCUCUUUCUUCAGGUUGAGCCCCCAUCAACUACUAAUCAGGUGAUCCUCACAAUUAAAUACCACUCCCGCAACUGGAACAGUGCAUUGCUACAUAGAUUGCAUUCAUAGAAAGGCUACCUGAGUGAUUGGAAUGAAGCUCCAUACCAACACACUCCACUCUCUCAUUGAUAAAUGUGUUGUCUUUUCU